CAUCUGCACCUCCUUCUUCUCCUGGGGGCUAAAGGAGAUCACAGAAGGACAGCAGCAGCUCCGACAUCAGCAGCCUUCCUGGGAAGAUGUGGCCCUUCCUGCUCCUGCUCUCACUGGCCUUUUUACUGCCCUCUGGGACAGAGGCAGGAAAGAUCAUCGGGGGACACGAGGCCAAGCCCCACUCCCGCCCUUACAUGGCCUACAUUCAGUUUCUGCAAAAUGGGCAUAAGAACAGAUGCGGCGGUGUCCUCGUGCGGGAGAAUUUUGUUCUGACAGCUGCUCACUGCAGUGGAAGCUCAAUCAAUGUCACCCUGGGGGCCCAUAACAUCAAGAAGCAGGAGAAGACCCAGCAAGUCUUCCGUGUGGUGAAAGCCAUCCCCCACCCAGACUAUAAUCCUAAGAACUUCUCCAAUGACAUCAUGUUACUGCAGCUGGAGAAAAAUAUCAAGCUGACGAAAGCUGUGAAGCUCCUCCGCCUGCCCAGGGAAGAGGACCGGGUGAUGCCAGGACAGAAGUGCAGUGUGGCCGGUUGGGGGCGGAUCGCCCUGAUAAACACAUACCCAGACACACUGCAGGAGGUGGAGCUGACCGUGCAAAAGGAUUGGGAGUGUGAAUGCCACUUACGAAAUUAUUACAACAGUGCCAUUCAACUGUGUGUGGGGAACCCCACGGAGAACAAGGCUUCCUUUCAGGGCGACUCUGGCGGCCCUCUAGUAUGUAAGAAUGUGAUCCAGGGCAUUGUCUCCUAUGGACGAAAAAACGGGACGUCUCCGCGGGCCUACACUAAAGUCUCAAAAUUCCUGUCCUGGAUAAAGAAAACCAUGAAGAACCUCUAACUGCGGAAAUCGGACUGUCUUUUUUUUUUUUUGAGCUAAUCCAGAAUCACACUG